CUUUUGGAUUGGUUUAGAGAGGUUUAUAGAAUCCUGCCCCAUUAGCGAAAUAUGGACCUGCAACUGGAGUUCGUGCUGGAUGGCCAGGCCGAGUGGCGCGGCGUACCUGAAGUAGUACGUAGCUCGUUCCUGUUGAUGGCACAGGAGCUGCGCCGACUGCAUAGCCUGCUACUUGCAGGUCAGCAGGAUCCAACGUCACUAUGUCAGAAAGAUCCUAGGAUCGAAGAGAUGCAGACUCAAUUGUCGAAGUUGAAGGCGCAACUGCAGGACCAGCAGGCGCAAGCCGAGACCAACAACCUUAGAACGAAGAAGAAGCUCUCGAGUCUGUGGGGUGAGGUGGCUGCUACAGCCAAAGCAGCUGCCGACGCGCAGGCUCAACAGACCGUGAUAACCGACAGUAUUCAGGCCAAUUGGGCAGCAGCGGAGUUUCAGCUAGAGAUUCUCACGACAAAGAUGGAGGAUCAGGACUGCAGACUUAAAAGGAGCAGGAUGCAGGUCGACCAAGCUCUCCAUGAGCUCCAGAUGGGUCAACAGCUCUGCAGACAGGACCUGCGACGCCUCCAUCGAGUCGUAAGCACUCACGUUGCGGAGACGACGCAGGAUCAUGAAAAGGUUGAAGUGGAAGUCCGAGGUCCUGAAGAAGUGCAGCUUCAGAAACAGGAUGGGGAGGUGCACGUGUUGCUCCAUCAACGCUGCGUGGAGGUGCUGAAACGACAGCAGCAACGCGAGAGAAAUGAUCUCAGGACGGUCUAGGAGCGUGUCGUCAUUGUGAGAAGUUAAAGUGCAGGAACGAGUGAUCGAAAUUCGUGGUUGAGUUUAAGAAACUUGUAGUACCUACAGGUAUUGAUAUUAUUGCUAAGUGUUAAAAAAAAUUGUCAUGAUCCUUGUGUAA